AUAGGAAAAAAAAAAACAAAAAACAGAUGGAAUCGUAAACGUGGAUACGAUCACAGCGUUCAACCCAUCUCCUGUGUUCCUCCAUCUUCGUCCCGAGAUUCGUCUGUGUUCUCUUGUUCUCCAGGCCUGAAACUUUCUCUCAUACGAUUUCGGCCUUGAGGAUUGGCAUCUCCAUCUCGGAAGAAUGGGCGAUUCCCGAGGAGGUUGCUGUCCGUCCAUGGAUCUGUUCCGCUCGGAGCCGAUGCAGCUUGUGCAGCUCAUCAUUCCCAUCGAGUCUGCGCAUCUCACUGUCUCCUACCUCGGUGAUCUCGGCCUUCUCCAGUUCAAAGAUAUUAAAAGAUGUGGAGAGAUGGCACGCAAAUUGCAUUUUUUCAAGGAGCAGAUGUCGAAGACUGGAUUGUCAAGCAAAAGCUCCGUUCCACAAAUUGAUAUCAGUGUAGACGACCUUGAGGUCAAACUUGGUGAGCUUGAGGCAGAACUGGUUGAAAUAAAUGCCAAUAGUGAGAAGCUACAGCGUUCCUACAAUGAACUUGUGGAGUAUAAGCUUGUUAUGCAUAAGGCUGGUGAGUUUUUCAGUGCAGCGCAAAGCAGUGCCCUUGAGCAGCAAAGAGAAUUUGAAUCACAACGAGUUGGUGGAGAUUCAAUAGAAGUUCCUUUAUUGUUGGAACAAGAAUCAUCUGUGGAUCAGUCAAAGCCGAUUAAUUUGGGAUUUAUCUCUGGCCUUGUGCCUCGGGAAAAAUCUAUGGCAUUUGAGAGGAUACUAUUUCGUGCCACCAGGGGUAAUGUGUUUCUGAAGCAGGCUGUAGUUGAGGAUCCGGUUGCAGAUCCUAUUUCUGGAGAGAAGAUUGAGAAAAACGUGUUUGUUGUUUUCUACUCUGGAGAAAGAGCGAAGAAUAAAAUUCUAAAAAUAUGUGAGGCAUUUGGAGCAAAUCGUUACCCUUUUAAUGAGGACUUGGGGAAACAAGCCCAAAUGAUUGCCGAGGCAUCUGGAAGACUGUCUGAGAUGAAGACUACAAUAGAUGUAGGGCUGCUACACCGGGGUAAUCUGUUGCGGACUAUUGGAGAACAUUUUGAAAAUUGGAAUCUUCUGGUGAGGAAGGAAAAAUCUAUAUACCAUAUCUUGAACAUGCUUAGCCUUGACGUAACCAAAAAGUGUCUGGUGGCUGAGGGGUGGGGUCCUGUUUUUGGAACAAAGCAGAUUCAAGAUGCACUCCAGCGGGCAGCAACUGAUUCCAACUCCCAGGUUGGACCAAUUUUCCAGGUUUUGUUAACUACAGAAGCACCACCUACUUAUUUUCGGACAAACAAAUUCUCCACUGCUUUUCAAGACAUUGUGGAUGCAUAUGGGGUGGCAAAGUAUCAAGAAGCCAAUCCUGGUGUAUACACCAUUGUCACGUUUCCAUUUCUAUUUGCUGUUAUGUUUGGUGAUUGGGGGCAUGGAAUAUGUCUGUUACUUGCAACACUGUAUUUUAUAUUACGGGAAAAAAAACUUUCUUCUCAGAAGCUUGGAGAUAUCACUGAAAUGGCCUUUGGUGGACGCUACGUCAUUUUGAUGAUGUCACUUUUUUCAAUAUACACAGGUCUGAUCUAUAAUGAGUUCUUCUCAGUCCCAUUUGGACUGUUUGGUCACUCAGCAUAUGCAUGUCGUAGUCCUGAUUGCAGUGAUGCUGCUACUGCGGGGUUGAUAAAGGUGGGUUCUACAUAUCCAUUUGGCUUGGAUCCUGUAUGGCAUGGUACUCGAAGCGAGCUUCCAUUUCUUAACUCUCUGAAAAUGAAAAUGUCGAUCCUCCUUGGAGUUGCACAAAUGAACCUUGGAAUCAUAAUAAGCUAUUUCAAUGCUACAUUUUUUCGGAAUAGUAUCAAUAUCUGGUUCCAAUUCCUGCCACAGAUGAUAUUUCUGAACAGCCUUUUCGGUUAUCUUUCCCUUCUUAUCAUCCUAAAAUGGUGCACUGGUUCAAAAGCUGAUCUGUACCACGUAAUGAUAUACAUGUUCCUGAGCCCCACAGACGAUCUGGGUGAAAAUCAGCUUUUUGCCGGGCAGAAAAAUGUUCAGAUUGUGCUGCUCUUACUGGCCCUUGUUGCUGUACCAUGGAUGCUGCUUCCAAAGCCUUUUCUUUUGAAGAAACAGCACGAACAGAGGUUCCAAGGCCAGUCUUAUGCACCACUUCCAAGUGCUGACGAUUCCCUUGAGUUGGAGUCGCAUCAUGAUUCACACGGUCAUGAGGAGUUUGAGUUCGGUGAAGUUUUUGUGCAUCAACUUAUACAUACCAUUGAAUUUGUGCUUGGAGCGGUAUCAAAUACAGCUUCCUAUCUUCGUCUAUGGGCUUUAAGUCUUGCUCACUCAGAGUUGUCCAGCGUGUUCUAUGAGAAGGUUCUCGUUCUAUCUGCGGGGUACAACAACAUACUAAUCUUAAUAGUGGGCGGGAUUGUUUUCAUUUUCGCUACCGUUGGUGUGUUGCUACUGAUGGAGACUCUAAGUGCCUUCCUUCAUGCGUUGCGUCUUCAUUGGGUCGAGUUCCAAAACAAGUUCUACGAGGGAGACGGGUACAAAUUCCAUCCUUUCUCGUUUGCAUUGCUCGACGAAGAUGACGAAUAAUCUUCAAGAUGGAGCCAUGAGAGGUCUGUUCUGGUUUGUGCACAGAAGAAGUGGUUUGUAUUGAUUCUUUAAUUUAAAAUAUGGUUGAAGGCAAUUGCCAUUGCCAUUGUCCUUGUUGAGGAGUGCCUGAGGUUUCGGCCAUUAGCACUUGUUUUUCAUUUCCUUGUGCUGCGAAGGGAAAAUAAUUGGGGUUUUUGGAUGAGCCACUGCCCUUUGUAACUGGUAAAACUGAUGACCGAAUGUAAUAAACAAGGAUACUGAGUCGUCUCUCUAUAUAUCUAUAUAUAUUUAUGUGUGGGAAUAUUUAUUUUAAAAA